AUGCUGAAAUGUAUUAUAGGUAGAAGUAGCAUACUCUUCAAGAGGUAUAAUAGCACCAAAUGCGCUACUAAAUUCACGCCGCUAUGUGAAAAUUACAAGACUUUAAGACAUAUUCAUUUCCCAGGUAUUACUCCAUUUUCUCAAGGUCAAAAGAUUCAAAAUGCAAUGGUAAAUGCUAAUUUAGAUUUUAAGAAACUAGAAUCAAAGAUUAGAAAACAACAGAAUGAAAUAGCAUCAAAAGGCUAUAAGUUAAAUGAAUACGAAGAUAAUUUACUAAAAAAAAUACUUGACAUGAAACCGUUUCCAACUUUGUUAACUUUCGAAUUUGAGAAUGUUUAUACUGGAGGGAAGAAGAUGAAAAAAGAUCUGGAAAUCGGUUCAAAGAUCGAAGAAUAUGAAGCUAUGGGAUGUAAAUUCCACCAGCUUGAAAGAGGGGGGCAGAUAACAUGGCAUGGACAGGGUCAAUUGGUGGCAUAUGUUAUUUUAGAUUUAAAACAAUUCCUGAAUUUAUCCGUUAAAUGCUUCGUUGAUUCUGUUUUAUUGAAGGCAAUUAGAGAAACCCUUAAAAAGAAUUAUAGUCUUGACAGUUUUACGAAUGCCAAUCCGGGAGUUUUUAUGUCGGAAAAGGAUGACAAGAUCGCUUCUGUUGGCUGUAAUAUUCAGAGAGCUAUUACGUCUUACGGAAUCGCUUUAAACAUUAGUCCAGAUUUAAAAUUCCUCAAUACUUCCCCCAUGUGUGGCUUGCCCGAUGUUUCCGCUACAUCCAUUAAAGAAUUAAAACAUGAUACUAAUACUACCAUUAAAGAUGCGGGGUUUCAAUACGCAAAGGAAUUAGCCAAGUUACUCAACAUAACGACUGUCGAGCAUAUGAGUGGAGAAGACUUAAAAUUAUAA